AUGGCUCCUUCAGCUGUCGAGACAUCUGUUGCCGAACUGGGAGUUACGAAGAAGCAGGAGAAGCAGGAACACCGAUCUGGAGAUCCCUCACUUGCAUUCGUUCGGGAUGUAGAGGCGCUUCCACCCAAAUUUGAGGACAAGUACGAAGAGCAAAAAUUCCUGAAGCAUAGACUGGCUUUGGCGUAUAGAGUCUUUGCCAACUGUGGCUUCUCGGAUGGAGUCGCGGGUCAUAUCACUAUGAGAGAUCCGGUUGAUCCUACGAGUUUCUGGGUGAACCCGUUUGGUAGGACACUGGAUAUGCUGACUCAGGACUUCUGCACAUUCUACAAUGACCAUGUCCUCUAUCCUAAUUUUGCUGGUCUUGUGCUCGCCACAGAGGAAGGCAAGGAAAUUGCAGCAUGUCUUGGCGACAAGAAAGCAGCGCUACUUGGAAACCACGGACUCCUGACAGCUGGAAGCACGAUUGAGGCCACUAUUGCCUGGUUCGUCCUGCUAGAUAAGUGCUGCCAGGUGCAACUGGCUGCAGAUGCUUCCGCAGCAGGAUCGGGGAAACCCCUUGUUGUCAUAGGAAAAGAGGAGUCCCAGAGCACGUGGGAAGCAUUGGGAACUCAGGAUGCCGGCUACUUUAUGGGUCUACCACUCUUCCAGGUAGCGGAGCGCGAAUUUGGCGAACGGACAUAUUUGGGUCGUGGUCUCAGGCCUAUCUAG